CAGGAAGCGCAGCCCAGGCACUAAUCAAAUCUAGGGCUAAUAAUAAACAUCCUGAGUAAUGAGUGGCCGGGGCCAGAGCAGGCGAGGUGGCCGGAGCUGGCGGGCAGGCAGAGGAGCAGUGUGCUGGUUCUGGAACCCAGGGCCCUGUGCAUGCUAGGCAAGUGCUCUGCCACUGAGCUACACCCCUGAGCUCCACAGGGCCUGUGGCUGGCUGGCUAUGGGAUCCUGCCCCAAAGAGCAGUACUGGGACUCUCUGCUGAAGAGCUGCAUCUCCUGCAAGUCGACCUGUGACCAUCGGAGCCUGCGCCCCUGCACAGCCUUCUGCAAGUCACUCAGUUGCCACAAGGAGCAAGGCAAAUAUUAUGACCAUCUCCUGAGAGAUUGCAUCAGUUGCAUCUCCAUCUGUGGACAGCACCCCAAGCAAUGUGAAUAUUUCUGUGAGAACAAACUCAGAAGUCAAGUGAACCUUCCACCAGAACUCAGGAGGCAGCAGACUGGGGAGACGGAAACCAGGUCAGAUAACUCGGGAAGGUACCAAGGACUGGAGCACAGAGGCUCAGAGGCAGGUCCAGUCCUUCUAGGAUCGAAGCUGAGCCCCGAACAGCUGGCCCUAGUCUACAGCACACUAGGGCUCUGCCUCUGCGCCAUAGUCUGUUGCUUCCUGGUGGCGUUGGCCUGCUUCCUCAAGAGGAGGGGAGAUCCACUCUCCAGCCAGCCCCCCAAGGGGCCGUGCAGAGCCCGGAUCAAGUCCUCCCAGGACGCCGCGAUGGAAGCUGGGAGCUGUGCGGGGGCGCCGCCCGAACCGGUGGAGACUUGCAGUUUCUGCUUCCCGGAGCGCAGGGCGCCCACCCAGGAGAGCGCGGGCGUGCUGGGGAUUCCGGAUGCCGCGGGCCGGGGCUGCGGGGUGCACCACGCGGGGACCGCCUCCCCGCAGCCCUGGGCGCGCACUGCCAAUGGCGGUUUUGGCGUCGUGUGCGCGCCCGCCCUGGACGGGGUUCCUGGCGAAUGAAAGCUGGGUGGCCAAGACGCAGGUAGAGGAGGGAGAUGAGGAAAGAGGAAGAGAUGGAAAGAGACUACAGAGGGAGUGAGAGACGGGGAGGGAAUGAGGAAGAGAGAGACCGCAAGAAAUCGAAAGAAGGAAGUUGAGACCGAGAGGAAAUAGGAAUGGUGAGAGGUGCCAGAGUGGGAACUCGGACAUUCUUUAACCCCUUUCCGUGCAAACCGUGUCACCAUCACCAUAACACACACGCAAUAAAGUUAUCUGUGCAUGCUAUUCACGGCUCCAAGAGCCCUUUUCCCUAUAAAAUAAACAUCCCGCCUCUCCCACGGGAUCUUGGUGUGUCUUUCUAUCUGAAGAACGAAGGCGUCCAGCCCUCACCUUCCUUGGCACAGGUUUCACCAAAUGCAGCUGUGGGUCGACCUGGGGCGCUGACAAUCUUCUCAGAUUGCUGGUCGGCCUGGCUCUCUUUAAAUGCAUUCUACUGUCAUGUAUAACUAAUUAGAAAAAAUUUUUAAAAAUUUUUAAAAAGAGGGAGAGCAGAGAAAGAUGGAAGAAUGGUCUGCAGAAAGGUAGGUGUCGCCAACAUCUGGAGAAGUAGGGACUUGAGUGUCUACUUUUUUUCACAAACAACAAAUUCUCUUCCAUGCCUCCUUGGUGAGGGCAUGAAAGUACAAAGCGUGUGUAUAUGUAUGCACAUGCAUGCACAGGCCUGGAGGGCAGUUGGAGCUGAAGGUAGCAAAACUCUCAGAAAGAAGGAUGGGUGUUCACUGGACCCCAGCUGGAGAUCGUUUUCUUUUGCAUCCAUUUUAAAAUUAGCAUUUAAGCCUAUAGUUUUGGUAGCAUUUAAACCUUGAGUUGUGCAACUAUUCUUAGAAGCAUUUACACAGCAAGGUAAGUACAUGAUUAUGUAAGUUGAAAUCUCUCAUGCUGCACCACCCAAGGGUAUGCAGCAGAACUACACUCGCCGAAGGGCCAUGGGGCAUACUUUGGGAAACAUGGACAGGCAUCCUGCUGCUCUAACGCUCUCUCUUCUCACCAUCAGUGGGCAGAUAGGCUAUGCAUCUGCUAGGGCCGCCAUUCCAAGUGCCAUGUUACUGGACUGCUUCAGCAAAAGAGUUGUUCAUGAUUUUGGAGACUGGAAGUCUGAGGUCAAGGUGUCAGCAGAAUUGGCUCCUGAGGCUAUCUGGCGAGGACCAUCCUAGGCCUUUCCUUGGCUUAUAGGUGUCCUUCCUCCUUUCUCUCUUCUCCUCAUCUUCCCUCUGUCUCUGGGUUCAAAUUUCCCUUUUAUAAGGACACCAGUCAUAUUGGAUUGGGAUCCACAAUAAUGACUUUGUUUUCACUUUUCUGUAAAGACCCUAUCUCCAAACAAGGUUACAUGAAGCACUGGGGAUAAGGACUUCAACAUAUGAGAUUUGGGGGACAAAUUCCACAAAUUCCACCCACAACACUGGCCCUCCAUGAUACCACCUCUGUUUCAUUUUUAUGUCCAGACAAGCUGGCAUCUAAAAACAUAGCUGCCAAGAGCACUUGCCUUCCCUUGUCCAGUGAGCCCACUUGGCAAAUGGUCCAUCUUGGCUGCAUUGUUUCUGCACUACCACACCUACUGCAAGCAGCUUCCUUUCUUGUAGCAGGGUUG